AUGCAGUUCGCCUUGGAGCCUGAGGUUUCCAGUCAACUGCAGCGGUCCUCCCAGCAUUUCAUCAGCAUCUGCAUCGACAGCAUGCAUGGAAAGGACCCAUGCAGGAACAGCAAAAAACACGUCCUGCUCAUGUAUCCGCUGUCUCCUUGCGUGGGGGUCAAGUCCAGGUCAAUCGUGCACAGCGACAUGGAGCUGAGCCAGCUUGGGCCUCUGGCGACUCGCGUCAGCCCAGAGUCGGCAAGUACUUACAUCAUCGAGCUUUCACAGCUCGAGAAGCAGUGCUUCGAGGCGUAUUUCGAGCUGAGAUAUCAGCAGGAGGCUUUGCGGACGCUUCUCACCAAGCUCGCUGACGCCUUCUACCAGACGAUGCGACCUCUCGUGCUGGCCUGCGACUCCAUCGACUCCUUGCGGGAGAUUGCUGACUGCUUGCAAAUGGAUGUGUUGGAGCCACAUCGCCUGCACACGGACGUGUCUGUGCUUGGCGUCGUGUAUCGGCUGCACAAGGAUGUGCAGGAGAAGCUCAUCUACCGCGUGGAGCUGUACAUACGCGAAGAGAUCAAGGGGUACGGGCUCGGCAGCUCGGAUUUGGACUACCCGUCGAUCCUGUGCAGAAGCACCAUGCAAGCCUCUGAUCAGUCUGAUCAGGAUUCGGCCAUGGGGCAGUUUCAGAGAGGCUGGUAUCCAACGCUGCCACGCACACUCUCCAUCCUGGCCAAAAUCUACCGAGUCCUGGAGAUGUCCACCUUCCAAGGGCUCGCGCAAGAGGCCGUGGACCUGUGCAUGCGGAGCCUGAAAGAGGCUUCAGAGUAUUUGUCCAGAAGAUCGCUGCCCAGUUGCGACGCAAGCUUGCAGGCGUUCCAGCCCCUGGUCCAGAUGAUGGACUCUCAGCUCUUCCUGGUGAAGCACCUCCUGCUCCUCCGAGAGCAAGUGGCCGCUUUUGAGUGCGAGCUGGUCGUCAGCGAGAAGUACUUCAACUUUGCGAACCUCUGGGAGGCUUUGAACCUGAAGCUACCAGAUGGGAUCUUGGGCAUUCUAAAGCCCACCGUCUACCAUGCCGAGGUGGACAGUAAGAAAGACAUCGAGUCCGAGCUGAAGGCAGCUUGCGAAGCCCUGAUAACGAACGUCACCGCUCACAUCACGCAGCCUCUGGCUGCUUUGAACACCAAGAUUGGCAACUUCUUGGCCAGUCCCGGCGUGGACCGGUCAUCCCUGAAGGACCAAGGUUUCAUGCAGUCGGAGGAGCUUCGAGAUGUUAUCGGUGCAUUUCUGGCGAACGUGAAGGCCAAAGUGCCUUUCACCGCUGCGCAUAUUCGGCUCUACCUGGCAGCUCCCCAGGAUGAUCCGGCGGAAGUCUCCAGGAGCUCCACCUCGCCCAUCCUCUGGAAGCCCGUGGAGAUGCGCCUCGUGGACACCUGGGGCCGCCUCGAGGGGCUCCUGGAGGAGCAGGGCACCAGCCUGGAUGCGAUGGGCUUCCUCCGGCCUGAAGCGCUCAGGGAGCUGCUCGGAUAUGCGUUGAAGGGCUUUGAAGGUCUUUCAGGGGCAGGAGCUCCACGAAGUGCGUUCAAAGCUGGCAGCUUGAAGGGGAUCCUCUCCUACCGGUAG